CUCAUGCUAGCUUUGUAGACGGAUUUUACUUUACACUGAAGUCUGCUUUUGACGUAAGAUGAGUCUAGACUCGCUGUUUCAGCAAAUUCUUCUAACUGAGCAACAGUUAGCCGAUCAGACAAACAAAUUUCAAGAAGCAAAAGUAGCCAUUAUCAGAUGCCAUGAGCAGAUAAAAAGCACCAAUGAAAUUCUUGAAAAGACCAAAGAAGAGCAUGAUAAAAAGGCUCAGCAGUUGUCACUGAUGAAGCUGCAGCAUGGUCUGAUGAAGAAACAAGAAAACCAGAUGUUGAUGAAAAAUGAGGAGCUGCUGGGCCAGAAGAACCACCUCCAGGAACAUCUAGCAAAGAUAAAGAGGGAGUCUACAGAAGAAAAGGAAACAUUUCUGCAAGAGAUUUCAAGGUUUAACAGUGAGUUCAGUCUCACAAGGAACAGAGAGAUAGAGUCCAAGAACCAAACAACCUCUGAGAUCCUGGACCUGGAGAGGAAGGUGGAAUUGUUACACCAAGAGAUGGAGCAGAUGAGCUGCAGGAACAGUCACAUGAGCACCAUGCAGGAGCAGAAGAGAGAACUACAGCUUGAACUUAAGAGCCUGGAAGACCUGAAUAAAGACCUGGAGCAGCAGUUGAUGGAGGCUGAGGCAAUGACAGAAUCUCUGAAAGCGGAGGGCCUGUUUGUCAGUCAGAAACCUCUCACUGACAGUACCUGUCUUAGAUUUCAUGUGUUUCCCAGGCUGAGGAGGGAGCUGGAAAUCCAUAAAGACGGAGAGCUGGAGCUCCGUAGAGAGGCGCUGAGCUCUGAAAUACAGUUCAUCAAGUCUAAGCUGGACAGCAGCCAGGGAAGUGGGCGGCAUGAGAUUUGACACAGAGAAGAUACAGGAGUGUUUCACUGGUUUACUGAUAGUCUGUUCUGUUUAAUAAAUAUACAUCCUGAUGAAUAAGGAGCAGGGAGAGAGCAGGAUUAUAAACUGUGCUCUUCUAUAUUUACUUAAGAAGAUCCAUGAAUAGAGCAAAUGCCAACCUUUGAUUAACCGCAGUCAGCUCAGACUGUCUUUCAAACAUUCAGAGAUGUAAACUGUUGCCUGAAGAGUUAAUACAAAAAAAGCUAAUGACUUUAAAACUUUAGGAAUUGUAAGUAAAAUAUUUCUUGUUAUACUUGUUUCAGUUUCAGUAAAACACAGCAGAGAUUUUAACCUUGAACUAGGUGUUUUAAUGACUGUAUUUUAUGUGUACAUAAUCUGUCUCUACAAUACUAAC